CGCCAAAAUUUGAUCAUCGAUUGUAUUACUUACAAACAAAAGAAGAGACCUAUUGUGAGAAACUUCUUCUUCUUCAUCAGAUUUCUAGAAUGAGAAAAUGACAAACAAAAGAAGAGAAGAAGCUAGGAUUUCAUCUUCAAGCAAGGAUUUGGGAUUGGUAUUCAAGUACCAACCACAAGAUUUCGGAUUGUUAAAUGAUGAAGGAAUCAAGCACCGCCGAGGAGCAAGUGAGUUUCACUGCCAAUGCUAGGGGAAACAACCCCUAUAGCAACACUUACAACCCGGGGUGGCGAAAUCAUCCGAAUUUCUCUUGGUCUUCUUCUACCAAUCCAAGUCCCCCAGUUUCCAAGGACCAACAGGAAAUUAUCAACCAAGGCCUACUUUCAUUCAACAAAGGCUACAAUUCCAAGGCUCUAACUUCCAACAACCGUUUCAAGCUCAAGGAGGUCAAGGGUUCCAACAACCCGAUAAGUUUGAAAAACUUGAAGACCUUGUGACCACCUUUGUGAGCACGAGCACUCAAAAGUUUGAGAAGAUUGAGCAAUUUAUGGAUGUGGAAACAACAAAGUUUACCUCGAUUGAGGCGAGAUUAAGGAGCAAUCAAGCAUGCCUUCAAAACUUGGAGGUGCAAAUUGGCAAUCUCGUCGGGAUCCUCACCAAGAGGCCAAGGGGAGCCCUACCCUCUCAAACCAUUGUCAACACCAAAUACCAAAAUACCGGUUGCAAUGCUAUUCUUUUGAGGAGGGGGAAGUUUACCCCUGAGGUUAUUCCUAAGAAAGUGAAUGAAGAAGAGAAGACCCCUCCAACGGUCACGAUCAUAAAGAAGUGGGAGAAACGGAAGAAGAGCCUAAGAAGGCAUUGCCGAUUCCACCACAAGUGGCUGAGUACAAGCCUCCUCUUCCUUUCCCCACAAGGAUGCACAAGGACCGAUUGGAGGCGGAGUGUGGACGAUUCAUGGAGAUGCUCAAGAAGCUCCGUAUCACCAUUCCAUUCUUGGAGGCCAUGGUGCACAUGCUAAGGUACGCCAAAUACCUCAAGGGGCUUCUCGCCAAGAAGCCAAAAUAUAAAGACCUCGCCAAUGUCACCUUACGCGAGGAGUGCUCCGCCUUUAUCUUCAACAAGUUGCCUAAAAAGCAACCGGAUCCAGGUAGUUUCACUAUCCCCCUUUGCAUUAGAAAUCAUCAUAUAGAAAACUCCUUGGCGGACUUAGGAGCAAGCAUUAAUGUGAUGUCUUACAAGAUUUUUAAGAAGUUUCAUUUGGGUGAAUUGAAGCCCAUUAGGCUUAAUGUCACAUUAGCCGAUCGCUCUGUCAUUAAUCCUAGGGGUAUUAUGGAGGACGUCCUAGUCAGAGUUGGAAAUUUCUAUUAUCCGACGGAUUUUGUUAUCCUUGAUAUCGAUGAAGAUGCGGAUAUGCCACUCAUACUAGGACGUCCCUUCCUUGCCACCGCCAAGGCCUUAAUUGAUGUUAAUGAGGUAACUUUGGUGUUGAGAGAUGGAGAGGAGCAACUCACUCUUUCAAUUAAUGCUAAAGUAAAGAAUGAUGUUGUGAAAGAAAUGGAAUCGAGUGGUAUGAAUGGAAGUGGAGGUGAGCCUCUCAAGGCAAGCCCCACUAGUGUGUGUAUUCCCUUUGAUGAUGAGGUGCAGGAAACCAAGGAGGGUACUAAGCCCAGAGUAAAGAAGAAGAGAGCGUGGAGGGAUACGCUUCACCAAGCCUACUCUCAACCAAAAGAUAAGGCGAAAGUGUCAGGCCAAGAGGGCCACCCUAUGGAGCUGAAGGUAGGAGGUGACAAGCCCGGCCUGAGACCGUGGCGGAGUCACUCUCGGUGGCUUCAUGCCCUCAAGCAUGAUAGAUCCGUAAUGCCGAUCUAGUGACGUGACACGCUAAAACAUAACACCAAACUGCGACCAAGUGUAAUCGCAGUCCGGAAAUGCAAUAAAGUGGCAAGCUCUAUUUGUCAAACCGGGGUCUAGAUCUACUGCCUACUCCGUGAUUAUCUAUUAUCUAGCAAACUAAGUCGAGUGAUUUUGAUUUUAACUAAAAGCAGUAAGAAAGCAAGAAAUGGUUCAAAGUUCUUUAGCAAUGGAAGAGUCACUCGGGAAUGAGUCCCCCUAGCUCCUUAGUUAGGUUAAGGUUGCAAUUACCCUGGGUUGAUUAACUGUUGAUUAAACUAUGAAAGAUCCGACAGUAGCUUGGAAUCUCUUAAGCUGACAAAGCCCUCUCAGGCAGACUAACCGACAGGCGACUAACCUUCACCGGGAUAGAAUGAUGAGGAAAUAAGCAUAGAACUCCACUACUGGAAUUGGUUUCCAGUACAAAGCAGUAAACCGAUUAACUCUCGUAUAACCAAUCUACCACUACCGAUUGAUGAAGCUCUAACAACCUAAUCAUAUUCUAUCUAUCUUAGGUUGCAGCAGAAAUCAAGAAAAGAUGAUCAGAAUUUAAUUGACUCAAUGAAUCAUGCAUCAAUCGAUUAUAACCAAUCAAUAUAUCAAUCCCAAGUCAUUACAAGCAAGAUUCCUAACACAUGGAACUAGGGUUCUUCAUACCCAAGUGAGAUAAGGUUCUACUCCAAAGAUAGAGAGAGAGGAAAACAGAAAUCAGAGUAGUCAUACUCAUAAAGAUGAGGAUAAUAUGCUUUGGGAUGUCGAUCUUCAAUCCCGGGGAAGCAAUCUGGGCUUCAAUGGUGAGAAAUCCACUCGAAAUAGCUCCUAGGGUUUGUUCUUUAUUCUUUCUCUCUCCAAAGCUCUGUUUUUUGCUCAAAAACUAGAUUCCCUCUUCUUAGGCUCGAAAUUGGGUUAAAACCCAGAAUUCCCCGACCACACGGACAGGCCACACGAUCGUGUGGAAUCCCAGUUUGCCCGUGUGAGCUCCAAAACACGGCGUUUCAAUUAAGUGGUCUCAUGCACGUCACACGACAAGAACUGCAUGGCCGUGUAGAAAACUGCCUUGCCCGUGUAACCUCCCUGUGAUUUCCUCACGGCCUCAAGGGACCCGGUACACGGCCAGUGUGGUCUUUCCCGCAUAAUGGAAUUCCACGCGGCCACGGCUGCUAGGUCUGGCCGUGUGGUUUCCUCAGCUUCUCGCCAAACAUCCAACCUUCGUCCAAUCGACCCCGAACUCAUUCCCAAACCUCCAUUCACGUAAUAGGACCUAAAAUAUCACAAACAAGAAUAACCUAGCGUGAAAUUAGCCUAAGAUACGAGAAAUGAGGCUCAAACGGUAUAAGAAUGGUGGACAAAACAUGUGUAUAUAUCAAGUCAUCAUGACGUUAAACUAGCGCUUGUUGGGAGGCAACCCAACAUCGGUUUGUUUCCUUUUCCUUAUAUUUUCUCUUUUUGUGUGUGUGAAUAGUUCAAAUGUUGAAUUUGGGUACCACCGUGCCAAGUCUCUAUGGUUUUGUGUUUUGGAAUGUGGUGUGAUCGAAUUAGGUGCAUGGUUGAGUAGAUUGAGUCAAGGAUUUUUUGGAGUGCCCUGUUUUUCGCUCCGUUCAUGGGUUGUGCUAUCAAUUCACGGUCUUAAAGACCAUGAACUGGUACCUCCGUCCGUGAACUGAGGGUGCUCCCCCUGUUUUCAUAACUCAUCGUUUAACCCCAGUUCCUGGGCAGGGAGUUAUGUUCACGGUCUUAACGACCGUGAACUAGCUCCUCUGUUCGUGAACUAAGGUUUCUUCCUAUAAAAGGGUUGUGAACGG